CUUUAAAAAACACUUUUUUCUAACGGCUUGCAGUUUUUGAAGUUUAUUUAAUGCAAUCCAUAAUCCAACACGAUCCAUUUCAGCGUUGUCGCUUUCGUCAGGGAGAUUCCGAAAGGAGGCACACCCAGGAACCGCUGUGGUGUUAGGAAUUUUUUGCAAUUGCUUCCAGCAACCUGGUUACCAAUUUGUUUAGGCCUAGUCUGCGGCCUUAUCAAACGUUUCGGCUUGAGUGAUUUUGCGUUAUGUACGGGCGUGCGAGUGAGAAAUCUGUGUCGGAAAACAACUGGGAGGAAGCGAGCCAGCACAACCACAGAGGUGCUUUUGAAAUGCCAUCUGUCAUGGCUGACCUGAUGACCCUGAUUCAACAUGAAAUACCGGACGGACGACAAAACAUUCACGACAGUCACACAAACUUGGAGAAAGUUGCAGAGUACUGUGAAGCAAACUACUUUCAGGCGGAGAACAAGCAUGCAGCGUUGGAGGAGACCAAGAAGUAUGCGACGCAGUCCCUGGCAAGCGUGGCGUACCAGAUCAACACGCUGGCCUACAACCUGCUGCACCUGCUGGACCUGCAGACGGCCCAGCUGUCGGAGAUGGAGUCGCACAUGAACCACAUCGGCCAAACGGUGAUGAUCCACAAGGAGAAGGUGGCCCGGCGGGAGAUUGGGGUGCUCACGGCCAACAAGAGCACCCUGCGCCAGCACAAGAUCCUGGCCCCGGCCAGCCAGGAGCGGCCGGUCAAGUACAUCCGCCGUCCCAUCGACUACACUCUGCUGGAUGACGUGGGCUACGGGCUCAAGGCCAGCUCUUCGGGCAAUGGGGCCGCCGCCAAGGCUCGCCGGGUGCCCUCUUCCCAGGCGUUGAUCAACGCGGGCCCCGCGCCCACCACCAAGCCCCCGACGCCUCCGCAGGCCAACAGGGGCGUGACGGUGGGGUCGCUGACGCGGACCUCCCGGGAGUACCGCACCCCUGCGCCCCCCAUCGCGCCCCCGCAGGUGCCCAGUAACUAUGCGGCCAACUACCCUCUGGGUCAUCCUCGCAGGGGGAGCGGCUACUCCACGCUGCCUGCACACGGCCACCACGGGUCCAGCCACCCUGGCACGGGACACCAAGGUGCCUUGCCACCUUCCCAAAUGACACCGCCACCCAGCCUGGCGAGCCAGCCCCAAGUGGGCAUGGUGCAUCCCAUGAGUCAGCACACCAUGGGUCACCAUCCAGCGACCCAUCACUCUAUAAGCCAGAUGCCAGCAGCCCAGAACCUCCUGGCCCAGAAUCCCGUGGCACAGAAUUCUGUUGCCCAAAAUCCUAUGGCCCAAAAUUUCUUAGCACAGAAUUCCAUGGCCCAGAUUUCAAUGGGUCAGAAUACCAUGCCUCACAUGAUCCAGAACCCCAUUGCAAAGAAUGCCAUGGCUCAAAACUCAAUGGCACAGCACCCAAUGGUUCAAAACCCAAUGACGCAGCACCCGAUGGUUCAAAACCCGAUGGCUCAGCACCCCAUGGUUCAAAACCCUAUAGCUCAGAAUCCUGUGACCCAGGUCUCCAUGUCCCAGGUCCCCAUGACCCAGAUUCCCAUGUCCCAGAUGCCCAUGUCCCAGAUUCCGAUGGGCCAGAACCCGAUGGCCCAGCACCUUGUGGGUGCCCGCCCGGGGCCCAAUCUCAUGAGCACGAGCGUGACCGACAGGCUUCCAGAGCCACCCCCGCCCCACAUUAUGAGCGGGGCCGUGGCCCCUCCGUCGGACUACGGGCGCCACGGCAACGCCUACGGGCGUCAGCGGGCCGACGCCGACCACGACUGGGUGCCCAAGACCUACCUGGAGAAAGUUGUUGCCAUCUAUGAUUAUGCUGCAGACAAGGACGAUGAACUCUCCUUCUCCGAGAACUCGGUUAUAUAUGUUGUUAAGAAGAAUGACGACGGCUGGUACGAAGGUGUUAUGAACGGUGUGACGGGUCUUUUUCCUGGGAACUAUGUCGAGCCUUGUAUGUGAAUCAAGGAUGGGCCCCACGUAUUUGCAUUCCACAACCUGUCUUGAUUGCACAUCGUGUGCAUUUUAUUGUUUUUCUAAGUACUAUGCAUGACUCCAAUUUAUACUUGCAAGUCAAGCCACAACCAGACGAAUGCAGGCAUUGACAACCAAGUACUAUUUAUUAGACAUGUUUAGUGUCGCAUUUACCUAGCUUUCUACCAUCGUGUGGCCAAAUAAAGGAGUUUCUUCAAAA